GCAGCCAUCAAUGGAGUGAUACCACAGGAGAAUGGGAUCUUACAAAGUAACUUUUCCAGCGAGGCGAGCCAGGCCGGCAUAUUCGGACCGCCGAGCCAAUCGGAAGCAGCCGAUGCUGCGGCAGGAGGCGCCGUUCCCACCCCUUCUUCUUCGUCUUUGUCCUCCUCUCCUCCAUCGUCCUCCACUUCAGCCUUUUGCCCCGUCAACUCCGCCUCCGCCUCCUCUUCCUCUUCCUCCUCCUCCCGACAGAUCGUAGAGCGCCAGCCCCGGAUGCUGAACUUCAGGGUGGAGUACCGGCAGCGCACGGUGGACCUGGUGCUGGAGGAGGGCAGCACAGUCGGAGAAAUCAAAACAAUCCUCGAGACAGAGCUCGCGGUUCCAGUGUCCAAAAUGCAGCUGAAGGGAUGGAAGAGCGGAGAUGUUUCCGAUACUACGGUGAUGAGAAGUUUACACCUGCCUAAGAACAACAGCCUGUAUGUCCUGACCCCAGAGAUCGCCUCUACUGCCGGCACCAGCACCAGCAAAAACAGGAGUCGUUUAAACCAGAACUUCCUGCUGGUCAUCAGCCACCGGGAGGCUCAGAGGGACUACAGUCUCAACUUCCCCGGCUCCAAAACCAUACAGGAGGUGAAGAGAAACGUUUCAGACUUGACCAACAUCCCAGUCCGGCAUCAACAGUGGGACGGAUGGCCCGCCUCAGCAUCUGAUGAUUCGAUGACGCUAGCUGUCUCUGGGAUCACCUUUCCCUGCCAUCACCUCAGUGUGUGUCGAAGGUCCUCAGCAGCCAAUUCCCAGGAACCCACAGAAGAGUGUGCAGAUGUCCAUAUGGUCAGCGACAGUGACGCGGAUGAUUUUGAAGACGCGUCAGAGUUCGGGGUGGACGAUUCGGAGAUGUUUGGAUUGGGAUCCUCUACCUGUCGGAAAGCACCUAUGAUGCCAGAAAAUAGUGAGAACGAAGCUGAUGCCUUACUGCACUUUACUGCAGAAUUUUCUUCAAGGUAUGGAGAGACCCACCCAAUGUUCUUCAUCGGGACUUUGGAAGCUGCGUCUCAAGAGGCCUUCUAUGGCAAAGCCAGAGAUAGGAAGCUGCUGGCCAUCUACCUCCACAACGAUGACAGCGUCCUCAGCAACGUCUUCUGCUCUCAGAUGAUGUGCGCCGACUCCAUCGUCGCCUACCUGAGCCAGAACUUCAUCACAUGGGCCUGGGACGUCACUAAAGAAGCUAACAAAGCCAGACUACUCACCAUGUGUACGAGGCACUUUGGCAGCGUGGUCACACAGACUAUCCGCACAUACAAGACAGACCAGUUCCCCCUGCUGCUUAUAGUCAUGGGAAAACGCACAUCGAAUGAAGUUCUAAAUGUUAUUCAAGGUAAUACGACAGUGGACGAGCUGAUGAUGAGGUUAAUGGGAGCGAUGGAGAUCUUUACAGCACAACAACUAGAGGACAUCAAAGACGAGGACGAACGAGAGAUAAGAGAGACGGUGAAGAGGGAACAGGACGAGGCCUACCGCGUGUCUUUAGAAGCCGACCGUAAAAAGAGAGAGGCCCAAGAGAGAGAAGAGGCGGAGCAGAAUCGCCUGGAGCGGAAAAGAAAGGAACAGGAGGACGAGAAGGAGGCGAUCCGCUUGUCCUUGGAGCACUCCCUACCGGUAGAGCCCGACGAGGAUUCAGCCGAGCAGAUCAGCAAACUGAGGAUCCGCACGCCCAGCGGAGAGUUCCUGGAGCGGCGCUUCCUGAGCAGCUGCAAGCUUCAGGUCCUCUUCGACUUCGUGGCCUCCAAGGGAUUCCCCUUCGAAGAGUUCAAGCUCCUCACCACCUUCCCACGUAAAAAUAUCACUCAGCUGGACCCUGGUGCAGACCUGCUGGAGGCCAAGCUGUUCCCCCAGGAGACGCUCUUCCUGGAGGCUAAAGAGUAGCAGCGAGUCCUCAGAGCGCUGAGAGGACCGACUGAUGAACUGACCGACUGACACACACUAGUCACCGAGCAUGGGCCCCACCAGUCCGGGCCUACACACACACACACACACACACACACACACACACAACACACACAAAACAACACACACACACAACAAUCCUCUCAGACGUACAUAAGUGCAAGUAAGCUUCUCUGCCCGCUCGGCCUGGUCGUGGCACCUGAACGCCUCGUGCUGCACAGAGGAGCAAAGACAGUAUCACAAGCACACAGCCAAACAUUCACCUCCCCAAAAUCUCUCUCCAUCUCUCUCUCUCUCUCCAUCUCUCUCUCUCUCUCCCUCCAUCUCUCUCUCUCUCCAUCUCUCUCCCUCUCUCUCUCCAUCUCUCUCUCUCUCCA